AUGAUCUUAAAAAUAAAAAAAAUAAAAAAGAUAAAUAUUUAAAUAAAAAAAAUUAAAUAAAUAAUGAAAAAUAUAAAUAAAUAAAUAAAUACAAAUAAAAAUCAAACAUAAAAAGAAAAUAAAAAAAUAAAAAAUAACAUGCAUAAAAUAAAUAACACCAAUCAAAAUAAAAAAAUAAAAUUUGAAUAAUAAAUCACAAGACAUAUUUAUUUUAAUUUAGUAUACAUAACAUUAAUUAAAAGGAUAAUUUCAAUAUUUAAUACAAAUUUAAAAUAAAUUAAGAAUAAUCUUAAUCCAAAUAGCUAAAUAAAUGAAUAAUUUUUUCCAUCAUAAAGAUUAAUUAUUUUGAUUAUUUUAAUUACUUUUGCUUCUUUUUGCAUUAAAAUUAAAAAUAGUUGUCUCAAUUUAAAAAUAAACAAAAUUUUAUUUAAUUUCUAAAAAAGAAAAAAUUAACUAUUUUUAGAAAGAUUUAAAAAAAAUAUUUGA